UAACUUAAGGAUAACUUCUGUUUUAGAUUGUAGCCCUGUUGUGAGUCUGGAUUUCAUCUCUCGGUUUGUGUUUUCUGGUCCAAUAGUGGCAUCUUGUGGAUGUGAGAGCUCCUCUUCAUACAGGAUGUGUGCUUCUGCAGCUAAAGUGAAAAUAAGACGGACCAGGAAACGUUCAGACAUUGUGCAUGAGGCUGGACUGUUGGAUUUAUAAAAACAUCGACCUCCCAACACAGAGAGAAACCCACUAAACUUCACUGAAGGAUAAGAAGCUGCCACUGUGCCAUACAGGUAAAUCACCACCAAAGGUACUGAACAGCUGAUGGAGUCUAUCAUCAGUGGAGACUUUGAGGAAUCUGUAUCAUUGAAGUUGGGUCUGUGUGCAGAACAUACAGAAGUACGGACACAUGGCUUGUUCAACACAGUCUGCCUUAGAUUACGUCAAGACGGCCAGAAGGUACCUUGUGAAUGGAUUAAAAAAUCUCUCAGUGAUUCUGGAGAACUUGAAUCAGGAAAGAGUGUUGAGUAAUGAGGAGGUCAGCAAAAUAGAGGCAGAGAAAGAUGACUACGAUAAAAACAGAAAAAUACUGGACUCUGUCAUAAAAAAGGGUGAAGAUGCCUGCUACAAGUUCCUCAGGAUUGUUGACAUGACGAGGAAGAGGAACUUAGGGAGGACCUCUCUCCCUAAGAGAAAGACUGUAGCUUCUACUGAGACCAAGGAGUUUGACCUGCACAACUGGAUCAGCUGUUUUUCUUUCAAGGAAGACACACAAAUGGAUACAAACUACUUACAAGGAACAAGCCCGUGCUACCAAUAUCAGGCAAAGUUGAAGACAAAAGCACAAAAAAUAUCAAAUCAGUUUUGGAUGGCAAACAAAAAUCUGUUUGAUGAAAACAACAAGCCUGAUCUGUCGUACAUGUCACUUGUAUUAGACAUAGAAGAAAGUUGUUGUCCAUCUAAAGUAAAGAAAUUUAAGAGCAAGAAAAUCAAGAAGAGUCGCCCUAAAAAGCUAAGGACAUACAUCCCUGAGGCAAAAGCAGAAACUUCCCCCAGUGACCUGCUGAAAACAGAUAAAAACAUACUCUUGGUUGGUAAGCCUGGGAUUGGAAAGACAGCACUCACUCACGAAAUGUUGAAACUCUGGGCAGAAAGAGACAACAAGGACCUUGAUUACAUGUUUUACUUUGACAUGAGAAAAACAUCCCACAUCAUGAAGGCCCUGAGCUUGGAGGAUCUUCUCUUCGGUGUGUUCAGUGAGCCAGAUGAAGGCAAAGAAGAGGUCUUACAGGACAUAAAGAACUCUGACAGUGUUACACUCAUGUUUGAUGGACUCACCGAUCUGUCUGUCCACCCACCAGUGGUGCAGAGACUUGUAGAGAAGGACCUCCUUCCUGAUGCCAAGGUCAUCGUGACUUGCAGACCUGAUGACGAAGAAGAGUUUAUUUCUGACGACUUUCUCAGAGUGGGAGUCAAAGGCUUUAGUGAGCAGGCCAUAAAAACAUACUUAUCUGCAAUGCUAGGCGACAAACAGAAGAAGGUUUUGAGCAACGUGGAGCUGUUGACUCUUUGCCAUGUCCCAAUGUAUGCACUGAUGGUGGCUGCCUGCUCUUCAUUUGAGACACCAGAAGACUCUCCACAGCCAUGCAGUAUAACUGAAAUCUACAUCAAUAUUGUUCGUCAUUGCCUUCAAAUAAACAGCAAAACAAAAAUCAAAGAUCUAGAUUCCUUCAUCAACAACAAGAGAAAUGAAAUACUGUCUUUGGCUGAAGUUGCUUUUCAUGCAACUGAAGAAAAAACUGUGAACUUGACCGAAAGUCCCUGUGAAGACAGCUGUGUCCUCUCCUUCCUGAAACCGCUUGUUAUCAGAGUCGCCCCUACUAAGACAAAAACCACACAUGCAUUUCUCCAUUACACAAUGCAGGAGUUUUUUGCAGCACUGUGGCUCUUGAAGAAUCCAGAUCAAAUCAAGGAUGUUUUUCAGCAAUGCCUCACUGAGGAGAAGAAACACAUGAAGCAUCUGAUCCCUUUCAUGUGUAGAUUGUUGACUGAGAAGAGCCCCAGUUUGAUGAAGUGUCUGAUACCAGCUGAGGAGCUCAAGAAUAUAUCCAGCUGGUUCUUUGGGGAAAUGAUUUCCACAUUUCUUAACAGUGAGCUGUUCAGUGUACUGUUCUUAUGCCAGUGCAUGUAUGAGUCCCAGUGUCCUGAAGCAUGCACCUACCUUCUGGACGAGCUGGACUACCGUCUUGAUCUCAGUGGAGAGAGUCUCCAUUCAUACCUUUGCUGUGCUGUGGCCUAUGUGGUCAGUCAGUCGAAGGAGAGGAGAAUAAGCCUGGACCUUGAGGACGUCACGGUAUCAGAACAAGGAAUGAGACGACUAUUUGGAUGUCUUGAAAACGUCCAAUGGUGUGACCCUCUGCCACAGCAGCUGUCGAAGAUCUUGCUCCUCAGUGAAGGGCAGAUGGACCACAUGAGCUUACUUGGCCUUGAUGGAAAUCAGUUGCACCUCCCAGUUGAGGGUAAAAAACAGCUGUUUGAAAGAGCAGUAAACAUCAUGCAGAACAUUACUACAAAGGUUAGCGUCUGCCUCCACUGGGAAAGGGAAACUCCUGUCUGCCAGAAUCUGUGCGAGUCUCUCUUGGAGGCUUUGCCACACAUCAGCUCACUCAGCUUCAGGAUGUCCUACAGAGGUCCAGGAUCACAGGACCAGAAGCAGUGCCACAGGACACUGGAGAGGAACAAAAAGCAGCUGCUACUGGAUUUAUGCCUGAAAGCAGCACUUGACGAGGGAGGAAGCUCUCACAAUGUAGUGACUAGGCUCCUCUCUUUGUUUUCUGUUAACACUGACUUAAACUACAUCCUUGAUUGUUAUCAACACGUCCAGAGUGGAGGGUUUUCAGAUGUCAUUCCAAAACUGAGGCCACUUUUCCAGUCAGCUCCUGCAGUCUGGUCCAUAAACCUCUCAGAGAGAAAGACCUCCAUCCUCCUGGAAGUGCUGAAACUCCAACCAGAGAAGAAAUCAGUGGAGCUGACAGGCUGCUCAGAUGAAGAGAGUGAAGUGAGGAGUUUCCUACAGUGUCUGCCUUAUAUCUCACAGCUCAGUUUUCAUCCUCGAUGGUCAGAUCAUUCAGAACCAGUCAGGUUCUUUGUGAAACUGUUCUGUGCAGCAGCAGAGAGAGAACAGCAGACAGGAGAGAAGAUACUGGAGCUGCUAUCAUCAGUGUGCAGAUAUCAAACAUUCCCUUUAAAUGAGAGAUACAUCAAUUAUAAUGCUCACAAAUAUCAGUGUGAUGUCCUGCUGGAUCUGUACUCCCACCUGAAGGACUAUGAGACUACAACAGGCCUGAGUGUCCUUCCAUCAUUACAGUCAGUUCUCCAGUCAGCUCCUGCAGUCUGGUCCAUAGACCUCUCAGAGAGAAAGACCUCCAUCCUCCUGGAAGUGCUGAAACUCCAACCAGAGAAGAAACCAGUGUUUCUUAGAGGCUGCUCAGAUGAAGAGAGUGAAGUGAGGAGUUUCCUACAGUGUCUGCCUUAUAUCUCACAGCUCAGUUUUCUUCCUCCAUGGUCAGAUCAUUCAGAACCAGUCAGGUUCUUUGUGAAACUGUUCUGUGCAGCAGCAGAGAGAGAACAGCAGACAGGAGAGAAGAUACUGGAGCUGCUAUCAUCAGUGUGCAGAUACAAAACAUUCCCUUUAAAUGUCUUUGAUGAUGAUGAUGAGGAGGAAUAUCAGUGUGAUGUCCUGCUGGAUCUGUACUCCCACCUGAAGGACUAUGAGACUAAAACAGGCCUGAGUGUCCUUCCAUCAUUACAGUCAGUUCUCCAGUCAGCUCCUGCAGUCUGGUCCAUAAACCUCUCAAAGAGAAAGACCUCCAUCCUCCUGGAAGUGCUGAAACUCCAACCAGAGAAGAAACCAGUGAAGCUGACAGGCUGCUCAGAUGAAGAGAGUGAAGUGAGGAGUUUCCUACAGUGUCUGCCUUAUAUCUCACAGCUCAGUUUUCAUCCUCCAUGGUCAGAUCAUUCAGAACGAGUCAGGUUCUUUGUGAAACUGUUCUGUGCAGCAGCAGAGAGAGAACAGCAGACAGGAGAGAAGAUACUGGAGCUGGUAUCAUCAGUGUGCAGAUACAAAACAUUCCCUUUAAAUGAGAGAUACAUCAAUUAUGAUGCUCACAAAUAUCCGUGUGAUGUCCUGCUGGAUACAUACUCCCACCUGAAGGACUAUGAGACUAAAACAGGCCUGAGUGUCCUUCCAUCAUUACAGUCAGUUCUCCAGUCAGCUCCUGCAGUCUGGUCCAUAGACCUCUCAGAGAGAAAGACCUCCAUCCUCCUGGAAGUGCUGAAACUCCAACCAGAGAAGAAAUCAGUGGAGCUGACAGGCUGCUCAGAUGAAGAGAGUGAAGUGAGGAGUUUCCUACAGUGUCUGCCUUAUAUCUCACAGCUCAGUUUUCGUCCUCGAUGGUCAGAUCAUUCAGAACCAGUCAGGUUCUUUGUGAAACUGUUCUGUGCAGCAGCAGAGAGAGAACAGCAGACAGGAGAGAAGAUACCGGAGCUGCUAUCAUCAGUGUGCAGAUAUCAAACAUUCCCUAUUAAAGGUAACUGGUUGGAUUUCCUGCUGGAUCUGUACUCCCACCUGAAGGACUAUGAGACUACAACAGGCCUGAGUGUCCUUCCAUCAUUACAGUCAGUUCUCCAGUCAGCUCCUGCAGUCUGGUCCAUAGACCUCUCAGAGAGAAAGACCUCCAUCCUCCUGGAAGUGCUGAAACUCCAACCAGAGAAGAAACCAGUGAAGCUGACAGGCUGCUCAGAUGAAGAGAGUGAAGUGAGGAGUUUCCUACAGUGUCUGCCUUAUAUCUCACAGCUCAGUUUUCAUCCUCGAUGGUCAGAUCAUUCAGAACCAGUCAGGUUCUUUGUGAAACUGUUCUGUGCAGCAGCAGAGAGAGAACAGCAGACAGGAGAGAAGAUACUGGAGCUGCUAUCAUCAGUGUGCAGAUAUCAAACAUUCCCUUUAAAUGAGAGAUACAUCAAUUAUAAUGCUCACAAAUAUCAGUGUGAUGUCCUGCUGGAUCUGUACUCCCACCUGAAGGACUAUGAGACUAAAACAGGCCUGAGUGUCCUUCCAUCAUUACAGUCAGUUUUCCAGUCAGCUCCUGCAGUCUGGUCCAUAAACCUCUCAGAGAGAAAGACCUCCAUCCUCCUGGAAGUGCUGAAACUCCAACCAGAGAAGAAAUCAGUGGAGCUGACAGGCUGCUCAGAUGAAGAGAGUGCAGUGAGGAGUUUCCUACAGUGUCUGCCUUAUAUCUCACAGCUCAGUUUUCAUCCUCCAUGGUCAGAUCAUUCAGAACCAGUCAGGUCCUUUGUGAAACUGUUCUGUGCAGCAGCAGAGAGAGAACAGCAGACAGGAGAGAAGAUACUGGAGCUGCUAUCAUCAGUGUGCAGAUAUCAAACAUUCCCUUUUAACGUCAUUGAUGAUGAUGACUACGAGGAAUAUCGGUGUGAUUUCCUGCUGGAUCUGUACUCCCAACUGAAGGACUGUGAGACUUCAACAGGCCUGAGUGUCCUUCCAUCAUUACAGUCAGUUCUCCAGUCAGCUCCUGCAGUCUGGUCCAUAGACCUCUCAGAGAGAAAGACCUCCAUCCUCCUGGAAAUGCUGAAACUCCAACCAGAGAAGAAACCAGUGAAGCUGACAGGCUGCUCAGAUGAAGAUAGUGAAGUGAGGAGUUUCCUACAGUGUCUGCCUUAUAUCUCACAGCUCAGUUUUUAUCCUGGAUGGUCAGAUCGUUCAGUACCAGUCAGGUUCUUUGUGAAUCUGUUCUGUGCAGCAGCAGAGAGAGAACAGCAGACAGGAGUGAAGAUACUGGAGCUGGUAACAUCAGUGUGCAGAUACAAAACAUUCCCUUUAAAUGUCAUUGAUGAUGAUGAUGAGGAAUAUCAGUGUGAUUUCCUGCUGGAUCUGUACUCCCACCUGAAGGACUGUGAGACUACAACAGGCCUGAGUGUCCUUCCAUCAUUACAGUCAGUUCUCCAGUCAGCUCCUGCAGUCUGGUCCAUAAACCUCUCAAAGAGAAAGACCUCCAUCCUCCUGGAAGUGCUGAAACUCCAACCAGAGAAGAAACCAGUGAAGCUGACAGGCUGCUCAGAUGAAGAGAGUGAAGUGAGGAGUUUCCUACAGUGUCUGCCUUAUAUCUCACAGCUCAGCUGUGAUCCAGAGUUCUUCCAGAGAGUAUGUUCAUGCAUCUCUGUGAGAUCCAGAGAGGAGGCCGAGCAGCUGUCCUCUCUGCUGCAGCUGCUGGGGUUCACCCUGCUGUUAACAGGAGAGUUACCCAGGACAAGCUGCCGCUCUGUGGGGACAGUUCUCAGACGUUGUGGCUCUGAUGUGGAUCUCAUCCUCACACCCAGAAAAAUGUCUGUCAGAGGAGUCUUCCUCCUCUUUAGACGAACAACACAACUACACAGUCUGAGGCUUUCUAACGGCAUGGCCUUGCUACUGUGUCGAUGGGUAAGAAGAGAGAGAGAGAACUGUCGGGUGACUAUUGAAGAGCUUUCUCUCUCUCCUCAGACGGUCCCAUCAUCACUAAGAGUACUGUUGAAGCUUGUCAGUAGUUUGGCGUCCCUGUUGAGAUACUGGACACUUAGUCGGUUAGACCUGACUGACUUCUGUGUUCCUGUUCAGGGUCUCAUUCCACUUCUGCUGCAUGAUGGCCCUCUAACAAUCAAACUGAGUAAGAAGACUUUCCAUCAGCUACUCUCCCUUCUUUAUGAAGUCCAGGACAAGGACUUGACCUGGUCCUUCUUGAGUAAGGUAGGUGGAGACCUGACCUCCUGCUGUCUGAACUGGGAGCUUCUUCACUAUCUGCUGCAGCAGUCAUCAGCUCAGACCAUCACCGUGAACGUGAGGAAGAACAGCUUCUUACAGGAGAGCAUCGCACGUCUGCUUCCCUUUCUGGACAGGAUUGUGUUUAAAAGACCCUGUCCCACCUUUGUGUUGACCGCCAUCAGAGAGAUCUAUAGAGCUGGAGCUGGUCCCAUUAUACCCAGUUUACUGAGGUCAUUGGAUCAUGUGAUCAGCCUGACCGGCAGAGAGAUGGACUCGGUGGACUGUGCCGCGCUGCUCUUCACACUCAAACACAGUGACAGAGUUAAACUGGACCUCCUGUGGACCUCCAUCCCAGCAGGGGAAAUAGAGUCCAUCCUCUUUAUGCUGGACAAAGUUUCUCAACUCAGUGUUGACAGGAAUCUGCUGCUGAGGUUGGUCCACUGCUGUGCUGCCUCUGAGGCCCAGCAGGGGGCAGCAGUCAGCCUGCUCAGGACUGUGCAGCACAGGCUGGAUCUGUCCUGCUCCUCCUGUGUGAAUCUGGAUCAGAGGGACACUCUCCAUCUGACUGGUGACGACUGCAGGGCCGUCUCCACCAUCCUGAGACGCCGCAGCAGGGACACGCAGCUCAUCCUGCAGGACUGUGAGGUGGAGGACGGCGGACUGGAUCUGCUGUUUCCUGUCCUCGACAGAGUCCGCCUCAGAGCCAGUAAAGCUGUCCUCCUCCAGCUGGUGUCCCUGGUUCAUGUGAACAGUGAGAGGGACAGAGUGAGACGGGCAGUGUCCCUCUGCAGAGCCCUGGAUGGAGAGCUGGACCUCAGUCACACCACACUGGAUCAGAGGGUCUGUGGAGCUUUGGCCUGGAUGCUGUACUCCUCUGAAGAGCUGACAGAGCUGGACCUCAGUCACUGUCAGCUCACUGACCAGCUGCUGCUCACACUCAGCUCACAUCUGCACAAAGUACAAGUCCUGGAUCUGAGUCACAAUAACAUCACUGAUGCUUCAACUGCCGUGUUGCUCCAGGUGGUCUCCACCAACCCCUCCAUUGACACCGUGCGACUCUUCAGGAACAACAUUGUGGACACAACGUCCUUUAAGAAGGACAAGAAGUUUGAAAUAUGGUGAAGCGGUUGUCAGUGUGGUAUCUUCUGUCUGAUGACCAUUAGAUGAAAAUGUUAGUGUAGUGCAACUACUAAUACUGUGUUUGAGGUGGUCUGUUCACAUGGAGGUCAAGAGCAGCCAGGGCCUCGUUUCAGGUCUCAGCUUUAACAAAGUCUGAGCCUGAACUCUGAGUGGACUCAUCCUGAGGAGGGAAACUCAGAACAGCUGAUCAGAGUCCGAUCAAUCUACUCCGAGUAGGUUGAACCUGAACAUAAAAAGCCAUCAUCAAUAGAGCUCUGAUACCACGAUUCACCAUGGCAACAUGGCCUCCAUUUUAAUCCAGUCAACGUAGAGAUAUUAGUACAUGUAUAUGCUGACUGUGCACAUUUAUCUUUAAAAAAGUCAGAGCUGGGAAAAGUGUCAAUAGCACAUUAAAGUUUAAUUCAGUGUUGUCCAUUGUUGUCCAUCCUCCACUAAUUAAUUAAUCCUCCGCUUCGAUGCGCGCUGAAUGAAGGAGGAAAUAAAGCAGCGUGUCUGGCUCUGUAACAGGGAGCAGGUCGAGUUACCAUGGCGACUGACUCUGUUACCAUGGUAGCUGACCCACAGUUUAAGUUAUCUCUCUUUCUGGAAGGGAAAAUCCAGAGUUUACAUCAUCUCAGGUUUAACUAACUCAAAGUUUUUACUAAUCCUCUUUCUCUUUCUGAAACAGAGCUCAGCAGUGUUUGAUGAUAAUCAUCUGGAGAUCAUGACUCCUCUCUUGUUCUGGAGGUGCUGUAGAUUAUUAUUUUAUGCUGCUCAUAUUUAGCAUUGACACCCUGAGAUAAUGUUCUGUUGGGAUAAUUAAUAUUUUUGUAUUUUGUGUUAACUAUGAAUUUUUAGUUCAUAAAACAUGUUUGAUACGUUGAGACGACAGUGAAUUAUCUCAAGGGAAUGAUCUUGAAAUGUAAAUAUGAGUGUCUGUUCCUUCUCUUUUCCUCAUUAAAAUCCCUUGUUUACUGUAAACUGCAGUAAUCAGUGUUCUCUUGACUUGUGGUUACAUAGAAUACAAGAUGAGUCGACCAGCUGAGUGACCCAAUUUUGUAUUUUCUGGAAAUUCAAUAACUGUUCUAAAAUACUGUGGAAUGUACAGCUGUAAAUAUGCUCAAUAAAUACUCGAUAUUUA